UUUUUAUUAUCCAGAAAUCGCCGGAGAAGAUAGAUAUAAUACAGAGAGCGACGGAGAGAGGGAGAGGGAGAAGAAAUGGAGAAGUACUUUGGAAAUGCGUACAGGGGAGAUCCAGGAGUGCCGCACGCAGAUGCUGAUCGGUUCGUCAACAUUUGGAUUGGUUCCGCUGCCUUCUCCGCUCUCACCUGGUUCAAUCCUUACAUGUGGCAGCUCUCCAACCAGUUCAAUUACCAUGACAAGUGGAUGCUCUUUGAGCAGCACCACUGGAAAAAAGCAAGGGCAAAGAAGCAGCCUUACGAAUUCAAGUGGAAUAAGAUACCGAAAGAAGUCAGGGACUCGUAUUACUACAACUGGCCUGUCUACUUCCCAUAGAAGCCUCUGUGUUGCGCUGACUUGAGAACCACAGGAGAAAACAGCAAAUAAUAGUCGUGGAACCAGAACCGUGUCUAUGUUAUGUUAUGGAUUGGAAAACAUUGUUGUCCUUGUAAUUUUACUUAACUUCAAGCUUUGCUUUUCUAAGUGCAUCGUUCUCAAUUCUCAU